GAAAGAGGAGACAAAUUUUUCUCUCUUUUACCCUCCCACUCCUUCUCCCUCCAACUUCUGACUCUUUAAAAGAGGCGGUCGGUAGUGUCUGUCGGCUUUAUAAUCGCUUUGUCGUAGCUGGAGGGGAUUCCUCAAAAUUCUACAUUGCCUCUCAUUUACUGAUAAUAGUCAGCAAAAAUCAAUAGCCUGGAAGAAAGAAAAGAGAACAUUUCCCAAAAAUAAUUUGACUGAAACCUCGAGGAAACCACCAUUGUUUGAUAGUUUAACUUUAAGCAAAAAUGCUAUUAUACCUUGACAUCCUGGCCUUGGUCUUCCUUCAGCUUGUUCUCUCCAGCUCAUGGACCCUGGCCUCUCGUCUGCCUCCACUUCAAGAAUGUCUUUCCUGUAAAGGCUCACGGGGAGUUAGGGCCCCCUCGCAGCACGAAUCCGUAAAGAUCAGCACCACCACCUUGGCCCUGGGAGAACCAUGUGGGGUCUAUACAUUGAGCUGUGCCCAAGGACUUCGCUGCAGUCCUCCACAGGGGGACAUCAGCCCCCUCCAGGCCCUGCUUCAAGGGAGGGGGGUCUGUUGUGUCGCAAAGCCCAGGGCAACAGAGAAGCCCAAGACCACAGAAACAGAAGACUCAAUACCAAGAGAAGUUCUGGAGAAGGCUCCAUGCCGUAGGUUACUUGUCUCUAUCCUUAAAGGCCUUGAACCUCAAGUCUUCCUGUCAGACCGUGGUAUUUAUAUGCCUAACUGUGAUAGGAAAGGUUUCUUCAGAAAGAAGCAGUGCCAGUCAUCUAAAGGUAUGCAGCGUGGUAACUGCUGGUGUGUGGAUGACCAUGGUAUCCCCAUGCUAUCUCGCACAAGCCAGGAUGGCACCCUGCACUGUGACAAAGUAUGAGAUGAAACUGCCAGCAUCAUCCUUAGGAUUAUGUGGCACCUUAUAAGGAUACAGAAACACAUUCAAGAUGAGGAAGUGCUGGACACUACUUGACCAAUACAAGACAGGAACCAGUUAUUUCAUUGUAUCUAAUUGUCUGAUUACUCUCUCAAACGUUCUACAUUUUACUGUUAAUAAAGUAUUAUUGCGCCCUCUAGUGAUGAAAAAUUAAACAUUAAAACCUAAUAGAGUGGAGAGCCAAGCCGCACCUUUAUACUUUAUUCUAAAUGAGUUCAAAUGUAUUUGAUAUGCAUUGUUAAUAAUUAGGCAACUACAUAUUAUUAAUGACUGGAAGCCUGCAACAUUUUCACUGAAAUGGCCACACUCUAAAAGUCUUUCAUACAGUAUGUUUUUAUUUUUAAAAGUAUAGUAUAUUGUACAAUGUAUUAUAAACCUGAUUCAUUAUGUGCCUUAUUUAAUUUACAAGUAUUCUUUUUAUAAAAUUCAUAUAUU